AUGGCGCAAGCGACAUCCCUAUCGGUGCCGCGCGGCGGACACGGUGCCUCCUUUCUCUCCUUCGAUGAUGCGCCCAACUCUCCCAACACAGCCAACCUCGACGACACGUACGCAACACAACCGCUCUCUGCCAGCUCGAGUAUCACCGCAGGUCCCACCGAGCCUGGUCUUGUCGCCUCUCCCGCUUCUCCCAAGCGAUCGUCUGCUUCGAAUCACGGCUCCCCUUCGAAAGUCUCCCGCCUCAUCCGGUCGCGGCUGCCAGCCUCUGACGACGCCGCUUUUGUGAAUGCCGCCGAAGCACCUAGCGACUCUGAUAUGCAGCGCUCUCCUCCCAAACGAUCAACGGCUCUACCAACUGCGUCGCGUGGCAGUCGUCUAGGCGCACUCUUGGGUCGAACCCUUCCGAGCACCGACGCAUCCUAUUCUCGAAACGGAUCGUCACCCAUCAGCCAGGGCGACAGUCAGUCGUCAAAAGAGACAGGCUUCUUUGGUCGGCGCAACCGCACAAAAUCCGCCGCUGCGAAUGACGACAUUGACGAGAAUGCCGCCACCAGCCUCGCUGCCUCUCAGAUUGCUUCGCCAUCCGACACAUUGCAGGAUAGGAAUGAUUCACCUGCGACGAGCCAUCAGAGGAGCAUCCUCAGCCGGCCUCCCAGGCGAUCCUCUCAAACCGAUCUUCUGGAUUCCUUUGCGAAUUCUGCCGGGCCUUCCACCAGCACUGCACCACAACAAUCACGCGUUGGCCGACUCGGACGCCUUACCUACAAGAAAGACGAUUCAAUCUCUUUCAUCGCACAGUCUCGCAACGCGCCACAGCAAACGGCAACCGCAACCGCUGCACAAACCAGCUCAGAUGCCGCACGUCAUCAGCACCAAUGGAGUGCUUCGUCUCAUUCGUCAGCUGGCGGCCCCAUUCGAGGCCUUGGCAUUGAUGAUGUAGGCGGCGCGUACGCGAGCGCUCGCUCGAGCACUUCGUCUUUUGCUGGCGGCCAUCCACCUGAUCGCUACGAGGACGCUGAUCAUGCCGGCGCACACGAGCAGCCUGUAGGCGUCGCAUCCACCCGGAUGACCCACCAGCCUAGCAAUUCUACAAGCAAUGGCUCGUCGCGAGCGACCUCGGUCACGGGCACAUACGGUGCCAACUAUCACAAACGCUUCAGCCGACCAGAAAUGUCGCAGGAGGGACACGACACGUCUCACGAUUCAGAGAUGCGAGCUUCUCGUACUCCCACCGACGUGCGCACUGCCGGAGCCAUGGAAGCCGGCACGUCGUACGACACAAGCAACCGCUCGCCUCGCGGAACAUUGUCCGAUGCAGCGAUCGCAGAAUUGGGUGCCAUGCCAGGCGCAUCAGCAGGCUCCCUGCUCAAUUCCAAUGGCGCCCCGCUCAGCAGCAAAAACAUCCUCACCAUCGCCUUACAGAAGGCCCAGAACGCUGUGCAGCUCGACAGCGCCAACCAUGUGCCUGAGGCCAUCGCAGCCUACAAGCAGGCGGUGCGACUGCUCGAGGAGGUGAUGGAACGCAUUGCUCCGCGCGGCAAUAAACGCUCGCGUCCCACCAGGGAAGAAGAGCGACGACGUCUACGAGUCAUCCACGACACGUACGCCGAUCGCAUCCGUCUCCUGUCGAUGAUCUACUCGCCAGACGUCGGAGCCAUCGACGAGAUGGAGGAUGCCGGCUAUGGGUACACUCAACAACAGGCAGCAACCAGGGCAGACUGGCUCGACCGAGUGCGCGACGACAGUCAACAUUCGCCUAUCAUCACCACUCCAAGGCUCGAUGACGACUUUAUGGGGAUGAAUGCGCAGCGCUCGCCUCAGGUCGACACGAGAAGCUUUCUGUCGGUCACGCCUGCUUCCACCGCUUUAUCAGACUCCUCAUCCUACGCAGCUACUCAGCAGGCACCAUCGUCGCAGUCGCAACUUCCUUUCCCAAGAUCGCCGCCCGUGCCCAACGCACCUCUCUCGCCCGAGGCAGGCGCCAUCAACACGUCUCCUCGCCGUCGCGUUCGCGAACAUGCACGCGUCAACUCCAGAGAGUCUCACAGCAGUCGAGUAUCCGUCUCGCUCUCCAUUGCCGAUGAGCAGGACGCACAGCAGUAUCGCCUUCCACCUCCCGUCAUUGCAGAAGAGACGCCGCUCAUCUCGAUCGACGAUGCUUUGUCCGAGAAAGCGAAGAAAAGGCUCUCCUCACCGAGGAAAGAGCAACUUCGAGAUGCAGUCUCGCAGGUGCGCGAAUCGGAGGUGCUACUUCAACAGCACGGCCGAUCCGACUCGGACAUCUCGUUCAAGAGCACCAACACGGGGUCACGACUGAAGCCAGUCUCAUCCUUGCCGCAUCGAGCCUUUGGCCUCGACGACGAGGUUCGGACACCCAACACGCCUUACUUCGACGCUUCUGCAGGUGCUUCGAUCAGCCCUGUCGAUCCUCAAAAGCCGCAGCCAGAGUUGCCGCUGCCUCCGUUACCGGAUGCGCCUUCCGAGGCUCCGUCUGUCGACCCGCCCGCGGAGAAGCCGGCUAAGAUGGGCUUCGCACAGCGUGCUCGCGCUCUCAGCUUCAAGGGGCCCUUGCUGCGACAAAAGGUGUCGAUGCCAUCGCUCGGUGAGCGCAAAAAGGACGAUGGAACAGCUGCGAAUGGCGCGGCUGUGCCUGCUGUCCCCAGCCUUCGACCUGGGCUGAAUCGCAUGCCUUCCAGCGGGGCUCUUCCGGCCUCCCGCGAUCACCCGACGCCUUGGGACGAUCUUCCUGGACCUGACUCCAAUGCGCGAUCCAGCUCGAACCGCCCUCGUGCAGCCACUUCGGCGGCGGCGUUGGUCAGUGCAUCGACUGCCGCUGGAACUAUUAGCCAGCGUCGCAAGGGCGCACAGGUAGAGGAUCCAUCCGUCCGCGGCUUGUCGGAUGAGUUGCAGGAGCUCGGAUUGGCGCACGAUGCUGGCUCCUACGAGGACGGUGGCGCCAAGUCGAUCGCGACGACAAACAGGCAGAGAUCUGCGUCGCAAUCUGGGUCGCGAAGGCCGUCGAUCCCAGCGGCGUUCGUAGCGGCGAACGGGAUCGCCUCUGCAGCCAAUGGAGAGAGCAUUGGUGAGGAACUGCUACCGCCCGUCCCCGAUCUGGCUCGAACGCUGUCCGCGCUCGAACGCAAGCGAGUCAGCGACGACCGCGCUCUUGCCACGGCCACCGGCGCCGAGGUGUCCCAUUCGACCCUCGCCAUGCCUCUUCCGCGACCCAGACUCCCCGAGUCGGAAGCUGUCGACGACAUCAGCUCAACGCGCACUUUCCUCAUCACAGACAUCUUCCCCACCGGUCUUCCCUCGCUCGCAGCCGGAGCGCCAUCCUACGCCUCGGCACCGCUCAGCUCCCCCUCUCCCCUCUCUCCCACCCUACCCACAUCCGCACACCCGCUCCUGAAACCAUUCCUGACACUCACACUGCUCCGCGCGUCCAUUCUCUCCGGAUCGCAGCUCACACCGACGCUCUACCUGCCGCGCGAUAUCUGGCGUCAACCAGGCGCCAAGCUUGUCGGGAUCGAAACCAAACUUCGCGCGAUCGAACUCCUCCUUUCGGGCCUGGACAGUCUUGAGCGCGCCGGCGAGCCGCUGCUGCUGCCUCUCGGCACAGGUGCGGGGUUGGAGACGAGCAGCGGCACGCGCUGGCUUCGCGCUCUGGACGAGUGGGAGUCCGUAUUGGGCGACGUGCAGUCUAUGCUUUCGAAGAAGCUGCCUUUCUUGGACGCUGCCGGAGGGGUUAAGAAGAGUGGAUUGGGUAGUCGGUUCACCCGCAGCAUCGAUCGGAUGACGGGCGCUGUUGGGCAGGUCAAGAGCGUGGAUGCGGCCCAAAUGGGGGCGUAUGCAGAUGGACUCGUUCGGCUGGGCACAAAGUCGGCACUGCUCGGCACACACCUCCAUUGGAUUCUCGCAGCAGAUGGUACCCUCCCCCCGCCUUCCUCCACCGCAGGAAGCGUAGAGGUGAAAGGAGCGUUGCAAAGCCCUACAGGUGUAGGCACAGCCCACACCAACCGAACCGCCUACUUUGCCCUCCCCGCCCAAAUGCGCGAGGACGUCAAAGCAAGGUUGAAGAGGUCCAGCGAGUUCAUGGGCAAAGUGGUGCUCGUUUGGGUUUUACAGGAUGUAGGCGUGUUGGUCGAGAGACGGAUGAAGAAGGCCGGAGGCGUGUUUGGCGAUUGA